GAUGAGUUCACGUUUUCAUCGAGUUCACGUUUUCACUGAGUUCACGUUUUCCGAGUUCACGUUUUCGUCGAGUUUUCGUUGAGUUCACGUUUUCAUCGAGUUCACGUUUUCACUGAGUUCGUUUUCACUGAGUUCACGUUUUCGUCGAGUUCACGUUUUCGCUGAGUUCACGUUUUCGCUGAGUUCACGUUUUCAUCGAGUUCGUGUGGAGUUUUAGUGGAAACUGAUUCGCCAGCAGCAGAACACGGCGUCCAUGCGGAGAAGCCUGAUGUACAGCCAGCAGCGGAGGAUGUCUGCUGCCCGCCGGCGAGAGGAGCAGAGAGAACAGCAAAGCAAACUCAUCGACCAAGAGAGACAGCUGCGCGCCCAUCUGAUGACCGAGGAGAAGCUGGAGAACAAGCGAUAUCUGCGCCAGGUUCAGGACGAGAUACACGAGAGACAAAUUGAGGAUGCUCUUCUCAAGGCAGAGGAGGAGAGAGUUAACAAAGAGAAGCAACUGGAACAAGAAGAGAGAAUAGCGAAGGAGUUAGCCCGCAUCAACCACGAGAAGCAAAUCGAUGAGAAAAUGAGACAGUACAUCAGAGAAAACAGUAUUGAGCUUCGAGAGUUGGAGUCCAAGCUCAAGUCUGCUUAUCUGAACAAGGAAAUUGCAGUCCAGAUUGCUGAGAAGGAGGCUAUGAGGUUUGAGGCCAUGCGUGAGGAGGCAAAUGAUGUUCACAAGAUGGAGAGCGAACGUGAGCGAGCAGCAGCUGAGGAGAGGAAGCUGGAGCAGCGGCGCUAUGAGGAGUCUGUACAGCAUCAGAAGGAACUGCAGGAGCAGCUGGUGCAGAGGGAGCGCAGCAGACAGGAGGCCUACCAGGAGUUCCUGAAGGAGAAGCUCAUGGUCGAUGAGAUCGUCAGGAAGAUCUACGAGGAGGAUCAGAUGGAGAGGCAGUUAAAACUGGAGAAGGUGAAAGCCACACAGAAGUACAUCGAAGAGUUCAAGAGGCAGCAGUCGGAGUGGAGGCGCAUGGAGCAAGACAAGAUGGAGGCCGAGAACAGAAACAUCUUGGAGUUCGCCAGCCGGCAGCAGCAGCUGGAGGAGGACAGAGUGGCCAAGGUCCGAGAGAGAGAGCAGGCCAAAGAACUCCUACACAGAAUGCUGAGUGAGAGGAUGGAGGAGGAGAGACGGCAGCGUGAGGAAAUGGAACGAGUCCGUGAGGAGCUUUAUUUUGAGGAGCAGGCUGAAGCCGCCAGGCAGAAAGACAUUGAAGCGAUGGAGAGUAGGAUUCGCCAGCGGCUGUUGCUGCAGCAGACCUGCCAGGAGCAAAUGGCCCUCAAAGAGAUGCGCAAGCAUGAAGAGAGAGAGGAAGAAGAAGCUUUUCGCCAAAUGAUGAUGGCCAAGUUUGCCGAGGACGACCGCAUCGAACAGAUGAAUGCCCAGAAACGACGUAUGAAGCAACUUGAGCACAGGCGGGCUGUGGAGAAACUAAUAGAGGACAGAAGACGACAGCGUGAGGCUGUAAAGGAGCUAGAGGCCAAAGAGAGAGCCAUGGAGCAGGAGCAGGAGGCUUUACGCCGGCAGAUUAUCGAAGAGGAAAGGCUUCGCCUGCUGAAACGUCACGCCACCAAACUCCUGGGACAUUUUCCAAAGGGCUUGUUCCGUGAAGAUGACCUUCAACACUUUGAUGAAGACUUCAGAAGCAACUUUGAGAAACGGCCUGAGGAUGAUUGGGGAGGCAGCGAAGAGCCGGUUCACACACCUCAACACUAGACAAAGUCAAGAUAUG